GUACCGAUACACUGGCUAAGUCCUAAGGGAAACCGAAAAGCGUCGAUCCGUGCGCGUGGCUGCGUAAGAUCAGAAAUAUCGUAGCUUUCCUUGCAACUCGGGUUGUCGCGCUGCAUGUGUCAUUGUGAGUGCUAAAGGUGUAUUACAGCACCGAGAGGCUCUGUUCUCUCCUGUAACAUUUAGGUGCGUAUCAUCGACAGUGCACAUAAGCGGCGGAACAGAUGCGAUAUUGAGGUAAAUCCUUGGAAUUACCACCGAUGAAUUUGGCCGCGUUGUGCUCUGUUCGGUGCUGCUCCUUCAACUAAUCGCGUGUGUGAUGCCCGGGAGUCGCUCCAGCACGGACCCAGAGCACAAGUCACCGCGGGAAAGUGGUGAAGAUUCGGAAGAUGAGAGUGAAAUCCUGGAGGAGAGCCCCUGCGGGCGGUGGCUCAAACGUCGGGAAGAGGUAUAUGUAGGUUCCAAGUCCACGUUAGCCGAAGGCUCUACCUUUGGAGCAGCCAGAGGCAGUGAAAACGAAGUUACUGAAAUGGAGGUGGAACAACGUGAUGUACCAGGAAUCGACUGUGCCUAUUUGGCAAUGGAUACUGAGGAAGGAGUUGAAGUUGUUUGGAAUGAGGUGCAAUUUUCUGAAAGAAAGAACUUCAAAGCACAAGAAGAAAAGAUACAACUUGUAUUUGAAAAUCUUACACAGUUGGAACAUCCUAAUAUUGUUAAAUUUCAUAGGUAUUGGACAGAUACCCAUAAUGAUAAACCUCGGGUUAUAUUUAUAACGGAGUAUAUGUCUUCUGGGUCUUUAAAACAGUUCCUAAAAAGAACAAAACGCAAUGUGAAAAAAUUACCCUUGCAAGCAUGGAAGCGUUGGUGUACUCAAAUACUUUCUGCAUUGAGUUAUUUGCAUUCCUGUUCACCUCCCAUUAUUCAUGGAAAUCUUACUUGUGACACUAUAUUUAUUCAACAUAAUGGGCUCGUAAAAAUUGGUUCAGUGGCUCCCGAUGCGAUUCAUCAUCAUGUUAAAACAUGUAGAGCAAACAUGAAGAAUAUGCACUUUGUAGCGCCUGAAUAUGGAAACUCUGUAACCCCUGCCAUUGAUAUUUAUUCAUUCGGAAUGUGUGCUCUGGAAAUGGCUGCAUUGGAAAUUCAGGGUAACGGUGAUACCGGUACGAUCGUGACCGAGGAUAACGUUCGAAAAACUAUAGAAUCGUUAGAUGAUGCCCAGCAGAAAGAUUUCAUUCGAAAAUGUCUUCAAGUAGACCCACUUAGUAGACCAAGUGCAAGAGAGCUCCUUUUUCAUCCUGUCUUAUUUGAAGUGCAUUCAUUAAAAUUACUUGCUGCUCAUGCUUUGGUUAAUUCAGCCACUAAUAUUUCAGAAACGAUAACAGACGAAGUUUUGCAAAGGCUCUACGGUCCUGAUACGGUAGUCGCAGAAAUUAAAUAUCAAGGUCGACCACCGCAGCAGAUUCGGUUAAGUGAUAUUCCUGUUACAGAGAAGUUAGAAAAGUUCGUCGAAGAUGUAAAAUAUGGUAUAUAUCCCUUGACAGCAUUUAUGGCGAAAUUACCACCACCCGUUCGACCUCGGGCGAUAUCGCCCGAGGUUACAGAAUCGGUGAAAUCUGUUACACCCGAACCGGUGGACGUGGAGUCUCGAAGAGUAGUUAAUAUGAUGUGUAACGUUAAGCCUAGAGAAGAAAGUUGUGAAUUACUUAUGACAAUAUUAUUACGAAUGGAUGACAAAAUGAAUAGGCAAUUGACAUGUCCUGUGAGUCAAUUAGAUACUUCAAUGCUUCUUGCGCAGGAGCUUGUACAUUUUGGAUUUAUUAAUGAGAAUGAUCGUGAUAAAAUAGCAAAUUUAAUCGAAGAGGCAUUAAGGAGUUGCUUUAAUAAGCAAAUGAUGACACCAGGGAUGGUGUCAUUAACAAAUCUUCCCACCCAAACUACUUUAUUGCUGCCCGGCUCAGAAUUUCAAUGCUUGCAACACUUUGAUAAUUCUAUGUACAACGCGACAACAUCUCAUAGUGAUAGUGUAAUAACUAACCCGCUGCCAAAAACCUCAGGUUUCCCUGUAUCGAGUAACAGGAACAGAAGUCACGAUGAAAUGGAACCACCGUUGAAUGCCGAGAGCGGUAGUUAACUAUCCAGGAUAUCUGGUAACUCAGUUCACUGUGCCACUUUGCACGCUCUAUGUAUAGACUGGCUAUGUAUUUUUAUAUUUAAGUAAACAGGAAGA